GUUCAUUUCAGUCCACAAGAGACCUACCCUGGCGCAGCAGCCUGUGGUUCGCUUACACCAGCGCCAAAAGCGGUUUCUCAGUGCCUAAUCGAGCCUCACAGGCGCGCACCUGAAACGGACAAAGCGCGAUCGCUGGCCAAUACCCGCAGCGCAUCGCGGUUCGUCCGAGAUCGACAGCCGCCGCCAACGGACUCAAAAAGGUUGCAACAAAGCAGCAGCCGCUUAUAUCCUCCCACAACCACCCUCAAGAUUGUUCGGUGUUCUCCAGCAAUAGUUUCGUACAACAACAAGCAGCGCACACUUUGACGACGCGCCACGACUGAGACACCAUGAACGUGGCUCUCAAAAUACUCGAGAAGCGGGCUCUCGGGAAGCUGCGCAAGGACAAGAGAAACACCAACUCCGAUAAUCCGUACCUUGAGAGGGUGCCAGUCAUCAAGAAUGGCAGGGUGGUCAAGCAUAAGAUGCAAGAGAGACCGGUCCCCCAAGGUCUGUCCCGCAAUGACGCCAAGAUUCUGAGGCGUGUCCGGAGAAGGGCCUAUCGGUGGGACAUGGGAUUUCGCUGCUGCUGCUUCGGCUUCAAGUUUGGGUGGUCGUCGGUUAUUGGCCUCCUGCCGUUCAUCGGUGACUUUGCCGACUUUCUCAUGGCUUUCGCCCUGAUCAAGACGGCCUCCGGUGUCGACGGUGGCUUGCCCAAGAGGCUGUACGGCAUGAUGUUCACCAACAUCCUGAUCGAUCUUGCCGUGGGCUUCGUCCCGUUCGUCGGUGACCUCGCCGACAUGUUGUACCGUGCCAACACGCGCAAUGCCUGGCUGCUUGACGCCUAUCUGACGGAGAAGGCGAGGGCGCUCAGGGAGGGCGCGGUGCAGGAUCCAGACGACGGGUCGAAGGUCCGAGUCCCCGCGGAGCUACAGGUCGCCUCGGAGGACCGGGAUGUCGAGCAAGGCGUCGAGCCGGCGAGGAGGAUCGAGCCAGCACCCUCGAAUCCCGCCUUAGCACCCCCAUCACGCACGCUAGCUCGGGGGGACAUGCCGCCUCCUGCGAAGCCCACGAUGCCCGGGCGUAAUCAGUCGGGCCAGAGAACCGAUGGUCUUCAGGGAAGACAGGCCCACGACCCGAGAGACCGACAGACUCGCAAAGGCUAGGAUGCUCGAGGUGUGCGGGCGUGCGUGGAGGCUGGUGCGGAACGGUCUUUGGAGCUAGACUUUUAGAUUGCGCCGGCGUGUAUAGGGCCGCAUGCAGGCACCGGACUCUGGCGUUGGAACUGUCUGGUUGUAAUUCAGGAUAUCCUCGGAAUGCAGCGGUUCGCGUU